AUGGAGAACCUGCGGAAGGUGCCGAGGCAGGCCCGGCGGGAGAUGAGCGGGAGAGGGAAGGUGCCCAGUCUGCAGGCUGAGGUUGCCCAGAGGGUGCUGCUGCAGGUGCGCAAGAGCCUCACCUGCUGUGGCUUCCCUAAGAAGCUGCGGAAGAUCGGCAGCUGCAGGAAGAUCGGCACCUUAAGGCGCAUGAACUGGCCAGUCAAGGCUGCCGGACCCCAGUGCGCCGCCGAGGAGGAGCAGCAAGUCAAGCAGGAGAGCAGCGAUGCCGCAGUGGGCCCAGGGGAUGGGAUCCCUGCGCCCCAGAAGGUGCUCUUCCCCAUGGAGCACCUGUCCAUGGAGUGGCAGCAGGUGCGCCCAGUCGGCGCAGGACUUCGUAACCUCGGGAACACAUGUUUCCUGAACUCCACCGUGCAGUGCCUCACGUACACCCCGCCGCUGGCUAACUACCUGCUCUCCAAGGAGCACCGCUGCACCUGUGACCAAGGCAGCUUCUGCAUGAUACGCACCAUGCAGAGCCACGUGGCUGAGGCUUUUGCGAACAGUGGGAGAGUGAUAGAGCCAACGGCCUUUGUCCAAGAACUCAAUGAGAUCGCUGGGCACAUGCGCUUCGGUCAGCAGGAGGACGCGCAUGAAUUCCUGCGUUAUACCAUCAGCGCUAUGCAGAAUUCCUGCCUGAGUGGCUGCACCAGGUUGGAUUGCGAGACCCAGGCAACGACAUUGGUCCACCAGAUCUUUGGCGGCAACCUGCGAUCCCGUGUGGAGUGUUUGUCGUGCAAGAGAGCCUCGGACACGUACGACCCUUUCCUGGACCUGGCACUGGAGAUCUGGGAAGCCGAAGACCUAUGCGAGGCGCUGGAGCAGUUGGUUAAGCCAGACCUGCUGGGAGGGAAAAACUGCUACCUGUGCGCAGGAUGCAACAGCAGAGUGUCGGCAACAAAACGCUUCAGCAUCCACCAAGCCCCCAACGUUCUGACGCUCUCACUGAAGCGGUUCACGUAUGACGGGGAGAAAAUCACAAGGGCCGUGCCGUACCCUGAGUUCCUCAACAUCCGCCCAUACAUGUCAGAGAGCGAGGGGGAUCCUGUAAUGUAUGGGCUCUAUGCAGUGCUGGUGCACUCUGGGUACAGCUGCCACGCGGGGCACUACUACUGCUACGUGAAGGCCAGCAACGGGCAGUGGUACAAAAUGAACGACAGUGUGGUGAGCCGCAGUAACAUCCAAAAGGUGCUGAAGCAGGCGGCCUACCUGCUCUUCUAUUUGAGACUCUCCGGCCCAGAGAAGAGCUUGGACAGGCCCAUUGCCAGAGCUGUCCCCAGCCUGACUGGCUCUGAGGGCACUGUCUCCAAAGAGGCAGAGAAAAUUGUGAGCCACAGGCCCCUGUUCCCAUCCCUGCUCACCAAGUCUUUAUUUGUGCCGGUCCCUGCAGGGCAGGAAGCUGGGCAGGAGUGCCCACCACGCGUGGCCUCGCGCGCAAGUCGCUGGCAGCCGCUUCCCACCGACCAGCAGCUGCCCCGGCUCGGCUCUGCUGCCUCUGGGCACGUGCGGGUGAGCAGCGCCCACCGCAGCCAGGCCAGCUGCGGCCUCGGGGGGCUCCUCGAGGUGACUCUGGCCUCGGCGCUGGCUCGGGGGGAUGCGCCCAACCUGGUGACCACUCGCUCCUUCCCAAGGAAGAGGCGGCUCGAGGCAGGCAGCAGCCUCGGCACUCCUGCAGUCGAGGAGGAGGUCUCUGGCCCACCGGCGAAGAAGAGGAGACUUCUUAUGGCGGAGGGCAGGAAGCUGGGCAGGAGUGACCACCACACGCGGCCUCGCGCGCAAGUCGCUGGCAGCCGCUUCCCACCGACCAGCAGCUGCCCCGGCUCGGCUCUGCUGCCUCUGGGCACGUGCAGGGAUGCGCCCAACCCGGUGACCACUCGCUCCUUCCCAAGGAAGAGGCGGCUCGAGGCAGGCAGCAGCCUCGGCACUCCUGCAGUCGAGGAGGAGGUCUCUGGCCCACCGGCGAAGAAGAGGAGACUUCUUAUGGCGGAGGGCAGGAAGCUGGGCAGGAGUGACCACCACACGCGGCCUCGCGCGCAAGUCGCUGGCAGCCGCUUCCCACCGACCAGCAGCUGCCCCGGCUCGGCUCUGCUGCCUCUGGGCACGUGCGGGGAUGUGCCCAGCCCGGUCACCACUCGCUCCUUCCCAAGGAAGAGGCGGCUCGAGGCAGGCAGCAGCCUCAGCACUCCUGCAGUCGAGGAGGAGGUCUCUGGUCCACCGGCGAAGAAGAGGAGACUUCUUAUGGCGGAGGUCUUGUAGUCCCUGGAGGGGCUAGAGGCAGCGGGUGCCAGCUGUGACGGGGAGGCGCCGGGCUCGCAGGCCCUGGAGAGCUGGCGCAUGUCAUCCCCCCGUGCCCACCCGGACUGGGAGCCCAUUGAUGCAAGGAGGGAAAAGAAUGGCAGCAGAUACCAGGAGGCUGGAGCUGGGCACAGGCACUGCCCUGCUGCCCAAAGGCCUGCACGUGACGGUGGGGCUGGCACAGCACCAACGACCCAGCUGGAGUCCGCAGUGGUGGAGCAGCUGCUUGUGGAUUCCUUGGACAAAGCUUACGGCAAACAAGUCUUGACCUGGAAUGGCGGCGUCUCGGCUGUCAGUUGGCAUGCCAUGCAGUCUGCAGCCUCAGCGUGCAGGAAGACCAUCAUCGAUGAGUGGGAUGAGGAGUUUGACAGAGGGCAGGUGAAGAAGGUUAAAAAGCGGAGGAGGGAGCAGAGACACCAGAAACCCUGGCAGUGGCUGCACCGCCAGCGCAGCUUCUGGGCAGUGACGCAUGCGGCCAAGGCAGCGAGCCUGCGCCACCGGCUCUGAGCCGGAAUGCCAGCGAGCGGGAGGAGAGGUCCCUGCCAUGGAGCCCUGUCCUGGGAGCUGCUGUGGAGGGAAGAGGACACCGCUGCCCACAUCUCCACGCUCGAUGUCCCUGCCUUCUGCUGUGAAGGAGCCCAGGAGGACCGUGCCUUGUCCGGGCUCCUUCAGCAGCUUCCCUGCGCCUAGGCCUGGAGCAGCCCUUUCUCC